UUAAGCCCGGUUGUUGUGACGCUGCUGUCUGUGGCGCGGCCCCCUUCUGCCAGCGGAGCUGUGGUGCGCAAAGAGCGGUUCGUGCAGCGCAGUAGCUGGCGGUGGCAGCGUCCAUGUUGGCGCCGGACCGUUCAUGACACCGCGCUGGAGCCGGAGCUACGCAGUCGAGGCCACCGCCAUCCCAGACUCCGCACAGGUUGCCUGUCAGCUAAUGUCAUUAGAUGAGGAUGUAGUGAAUAAGGAAGACUUCAAGCACAAUCUUGAGAAAAAUGCCAACAGGUGAAAGUGAGGCUAGAGCAAAGACCAAGGCUCAGUUUGAAGAAGCAUUGAAAAACUAUUCUGAUUUAGCUGCUGAGAAAAAGAAAUCAAAAAAGAAAAAUGUACCUACCCAAGAGAGUAUUGUGCUUGAUACAUUGAGGACUAAAUUAGGUCUCCAUAAAGAUAACGAAGAUGAAACAAUUUUAAAUAACACUUAUAAUCCAGAAGAGCACAGUCCCCGCUUCUCAAAAAACAAAUUGAAUGCCAGGACCACUGUUGCAGAAAAAGUUAAGAACAAUGAGUUCCAGGAGUCUGAAGAGCAGUGCAAACAAAAGAAAAAGAAGAAAAAGAAAUCUCCAAUCAAUGAAGAACCAUUUGAAGAGGAACAUUUGCAGAGGAUUCCUGCCUCAGAAUGUGUUAUGCCUGUGCAAAAAUUUAACAAAAAGAGAUUGAAAGAAAAGGCCAUCGUUGACAAUGAGCUAGGGAAUAAUUUGGCAGAUGAUGUGGAUUCGUUAAUCAAAGCCUAUCAGCAGCAGAUAGCUACCAAGGACGCAGGAGAUGGUAAAAAGAAAAGUAAAAAAAUCAAGGAGCGUUCAUUAGAAACUAUUUCUCGUGUAACUUCUAUAUUAACCAGCAAACUGGAGAAGAAGAAAAAGCCAUUGUUGGCAAAUGUGGGGGAAACAAGUGAAAUGCACAUUUCAGAACUGCAACAAAGCCAAGAUGAAGCUUAUCUUUCAGGAAAAAUGUUUCCUCUCAGAAGAUUGGAACAAGAAUUAGAAACUAUUAGCAAUGAAGAGGAAGAGAAGCAGGGGGACGAAGAGAUUCAGCAAAGAACAAAAAGAAAGAAGAUCAAGAAAACUAAAGUGGAAAAGACUGAGAUGAAAGAAGAAUCUGAAGGUCAAGAAGCUGGUUCUUCGUUGGAUGAUGAACGUCAGAGGUCUAAACCAAGAUACAUUGCUGCUGAUGAUUUGGUUCUUGGAGUAAACAUCCACAGAACGGACAUGUUAAAAACAGAUCUUUUCACAUCACAUCCUUCAGUGAAAGUUCACGUUAUUAAUGAAGACACAGGUCAAUAUUUUAAGAAAGAGCACAGCAAUCGACAUGUCACUUCAUAUUAUGAGCAAGACAAUGUGGGACAUAUCCUUCCCAUCAUGACACAACCUUAUGAUUGUAGGAAAAAUAAAUCGCCAACUCCAGCAUGGGAGGAACAACUUAUCUUCAAUGAGCGAUUUGGUUACUUCCUAAAAGAAUUCUUAGAAUCACCUAGUACUCUUCUGUUCUUUGAGAUCCUUGAGUUUGUAAGUAUGGAUGAAGCCAAAGUCAACUUUGCAACUCAAAGUAGUGAAGGUGGUUGGCGCAAGAUAUCAUGGGCUUUUCUAAAGCUGGUGGGUGCGAAUGGGGUGUUGAAUAUUGAUGGAAAACUCCGCCUACAGUUGUAUUAUCCACCUUUGAAGGUCAAGAAACUAUCAAAUUCCAUUGAUGUAUUUGAAUGGUGGAAAAAACGCCCUUGGGACCGUUACCCUUCAACUUUGUAUGUGACAGUGAAAGGCUUAAGGCUACCUCAAAAUGUGAAUCCUUCUAUACGUUCCAUGAUGGCUCUUCAGCAAGAACAAGGCACUCUUUCGUAUAAUGAGCUCCAAUCUGAGUUGAAGCGGUCAAGUGUUCCAUCAAAUUCAGAUAUUGAGAAGUUGGAACUUUUGAAAUGGACCAAACUACCUGGGCAGGUUUGUCGUAUUCCUAACCAGCUUUUGCUAUCGUUUCGAGGAGGACAUAUUGGGUGCUUCUUUAUAGCAUUUUCUAAUGAUGGAAGAAGCUUGGCAGCAUCAUGUGCUGACAGGAAUGGCCAUUUCAUAGUAGUGUAUGAAAUUCCUUCAGGACAACCACUUGGAGAAUUUAAUGGGCACUUCAACAUUGUGUACUCUUUGUGCUGGUCAAAUAAUGAUAAAACACUCCUCUCUGCAUCAUCUGAUGGGACAGUAAGGGUUUGGAAUACAGAAACAUACGAGAAUCCAGCUGAGAAAAUGCUACCACAUCCUUCAUUUAUCUAUACUGCAAAAUAUCAUCCAUUUGCACAGUACCUCGUAAUAACAGGAGGCUAUGAUUGUAUCAUACGUGUUUGGAAUAUAAAUGUGAAUGAAAUGAAUGGUCAGUUACUCCAGGAACUUGAUGGUCAUAAGAGCUUCAUUAAUACACUUUGCUUUGACACUGAAGGGUUACGCAUGUUCUCGGGGGACAGUUCAGGACUGAUCAUUGUUUGGAGCACCAUUGUAAAUGAAAGUUCACAGGAAAAUCUAGUUCAGCAGUGGAGCAUAGACAAGGACAUAUUACAAAAUGACCUUAAAGGUAUUCCUAUAAAUCAUCUGGAAGUUCAUCCAAAUGGCAGACGCCUGUUAAUCCAUGCCAGGGACAGCACACUGAGAGUGAUGGAUUUGAGAGUACUAGCUGCAAAGAAGUACACAGGGGCAACAAAUUACCGCGAACACAUCUACAGUACAUUCACACCAUGUGGGACAUUUCUUCUCUCAGGGAGUGAAGAUGGAAUAUGUUAUGUUUGGAACACAGAUACAGGAGACCAAGUGGCAAUGUAUUCUGAUCUUAAUUAUACAUCGGCUGUCCGUUGUGUCGCCUUUCAUCCCCAUGAACACAUGGUGGCUUUUUGUGCCUUUGGACCAAAUCAGCCUAUUCUUGUCUUUCUUUAUAAUCAGCAAGUUGCUCAAAUGGAAGCUGAAACUAUGAAACAUAUCUCCAGACCAAAUUUAAAAUCUACAACUACAUCCACACCAAAAGGACCCAAGAUUCUUUGCAGCAGUUUUGAUAAUCGGACUGCAUAUGAUGCUUCUCUGUCUUCAUUUGAUCUUUCAUCGAGGAUGUCCGUGAAGAUGCAUAAAGUUAGGCAAAGGCUGGACUCUGUUAUGGAAUCACUACAACAGAGCACCUCGCAAAUGGACCAUUAUCUAGAUCAACCAGAUAUGACUUCCAUGAUGACUUUGGAUAUGCGAUGGGAUUCCAAUCUCAGUUCAACGGCCAAUACCUACCUCAACAGUGCCCGGCCAAAGCAUUCUCAUCCUGCACCAUCGUUGCUGUCACCACACUCCAAACUGAGGCUCACUUCUACUGUGGGUGCUCAGCUAUUAUCACAGCAGCCGCCAACCUCACAGAUUGGAGGAUUCAGUGCUGUGGGGCAUCGUUUUGCCAGGCCGCCAUCAGUCAAGCUAGAAACGACUCGUGCAAAUCCUUCAAUAUCAUCAAUCAAGGUAGAAGCUGAUUCUAAUGCACCAAUAGAAGAAACUGUCGUAGCUCUUUAUGACUAUACAGCGCAUCGAUCAGAUGAGCUAACCAUCCAGCGUUAUGACAUGAUCCAAGUGCUGUACAAAGAUAAUGUGAACUGGUGGUUUGGUCGCUUAGCCAAUGGAAAGCAGGGCUACUUUCCAGCAAAUUAUGUAGCUAAUGAGAGAAUACAUGAAGAAAUACAACCGCGUCAACAGGACAACAAUCCUGUUUUAGCAACUGAAGAUGAAGAGGCAGAAGUGAAAUCCUCAACACCCACCAAGAUGUCAGCAGUCAUCAGCAAGUCAGGGGACCUCAAGUUGAUAUCUGAGCAUGACACAGAUACAGAGUCACCUGUGAAACCUGCAUCACAGAAAAAGAAAAAAAAGAAACCAGCAGCCAAACCAUUGGAUGUAACAACAUUUGAAUCUAUUUUACCGGUCGCUGAAGUUGAUCAUAAAAUUCAUGCAAAAACCACAAUGAAGAAAAAAAAGAAAAAAACUCUCCAAACCCCAAGUACAAGUGGAGAAUGAAAUGAUGCGUUUCAGCUGCAGUAGAACACCCAUUUAACGAGCCUGUGCUAUCAAUGGGAAAGUGUAAAAGCAGUAACAUUGAAGAUGGGAAUGGCUGUGUUCCUUGUAUAGAAUAGGAUCCUAUAGAUUUUUUAUUAAACAGUAAUGUGGAUGAUUGCAAUGGAUGUGCUCUUUGUAUAAAGAAGCAUGCAAUAGUUUUUUUUUUACCAUACAGAAAGUAUUGGUUUAUAAAUACAGCAUUAGAUAAAUGUGUUUAAAUAGUUAAUAAAAAGUUAAUGUUUUCUUCCAGUCAUGGGAUUUUGAAGAAAACAAAUGAACUGUUCACCAUCACAAUAAUAAGGUUUCUGGGAUGGUUUGAUUAUCUUAAUUGAAAUAAUCAAACUUUACUGUGUAUUGUAUAUACAUCAGCUGCAGGAACAUUACCAACUGAGAAUUAAUUUUAUUUAAAUAGACCCUUGUUACUAGAUUAAGAUUAAUGUUUGUCUCAUAGAUAUUAUAUUCAGCCUCUUGUUACCAAAUUUGUCUUUUUUAUUUUAAUAUUUUGGUUAAAGGUUACAAUGCAUCUGUUUGUUUCUGUGAUUUGAUGAAGAUCAUCAUUAUAUUUAUAUUCCAGUUCAUUAUAAUACAGCAUAGGCAUUGGUUAUGAUAUAAUGUAUCUGAACACAUGUCCCAUAAGUCAGAAUAGCACAAAGAGGAUGAACAAAUAAAAACAUACACAAUGGCACAUUUCAUAUCUGUCAAGUUUGCUUUCACAUCUCACUAUUCUGGAAUCAUUUUAUGUGAGAUACAGCCAAUCUCAUUACAUCAAUACAAAUGAUAAUUUCUCGCUAGCCAAAUCGACCUACAUUUUAAAAUUAAACAUUUAUUUAAAAUUUGCAACCUGCUUAAAAAUAUGUUGUCAUCAAUAUCAAUCUACAUUUCAGACCAGUAUGAUACCUGUACUACUAGUAUUUAAAGAUUUGCACCGAUUGCAGACUAAUAUUUUCAGAACUUUUUUUACUUUGAUGUUACUAUAGGAAAAAUGAUGCCAUUUUAGCCUUAAUCAUUAGUGGAAGAAUUCUGUCACAAUGUUAUACUUGGAUAUUUUUAUACCCCUUCCAACAUUUUAGGUUAUUAAUUUUUAUAUUACCAGAUUUUGGGAAUGUCUUUUGGUUAUCUUCUUCUGUAGCAGACAAAUAUGAUUUCAGCAAUAAAUUUAUUAUAAAUUUGA